AUGGACAGCUUGCCGAAACGGGACGCCAACUACGUCCCCCUGAGCCCCGUCACCUUCCUGCCUCGCGCCGCCGCCGUCUACGCCAAUCGCACCUCCCUCGUCUGCGGCGGCACCGCCUUCACCUGGCGCCAGACGCACGACCGAUGCCUCCGUCUCGCCGCGGCGCUCCAGGCCCUCGCCGUAUCCAGGAACGACGUCGUGUCCGUCCUCGCGCCCAACACGCCGGCGCUAUACGAGAUGCACUUCGCGGUCCCCAUGGCCGGCGCGGUCAUCAACGCCAUCAACACCCGCCUGGACGCUGCCGGCGUCGCCGCCAUCCUCAGGCACGCCGCCCCAAAGCUCCUCUUCGUGGACUACCAGUACAUCCGCGUCGCCACUGACGCCCUCAAAAGCAUCGCCAUCGACGCGGCCUUGCCGUUGCUGGUGGUCAUCGACGACAUCGACGCGCCGACAGGAGCGCGCGUGGGUGAGCUCGAGUACGAGGAUUUGCUGGCGCGAGGAGACCCGACGAGGCACCCGCCGCGCGUUGUCGAGGACGAGUGGGACGCCGUCGCGCUCAACUACACCUCCGGCACGACGUCGGCGCCCAAGGGCAUCGUGUACAGCCACCGCGGCGCGUACCUGAGCACGGUGGGGCUUCUACUCCAGUGGGGCGUGGCGCACGAGCCAGUGUACCUCUGGUCGCUCCCCAUGUUCCACUGCAACGGCUGGACCUUCACGUGGGGCGUGGCAGCGCGCGGCGGCGUCAAUGUCUGCGUCCGCACGCCCACCGCCGACGCCAUAUACUCCGCGAUCGCCGACCACGGCGUCACCCACAUGUGCGCGGCGCCUGUGCUGUUCAACAUCCUUCUAGAAUCUCGCCGCGAGCCGUUGACACGCCGCGUCGAGGUGCUCACUGGUGGCGCGGCGCCGCCGGCGCCACUGCUUGAGCGCGUGGAACAGCUCGGCUUCCACGUCACGCAUGCCUACGGCAUGACGGAGGCGACUGGACCAGCCAUGGUGUGCGAGUGGCGUGAGCAAUGGGACGCGCUACCGCCGCCCAAGCGCGCGCUGCUCAAGGCACGGCAGGGCGUGAGCGCGCUCUCCCUCGCCGAUGCCGACGUGAAGGACCUCAAUACCAUGCGGAGCGUGCCGCGGGACGGCGCUACCCUCGGCGAGAUCGUGCUCCGCGGGAGCAGCGUCAUGAAGGGAUACUAUAAGAACCCCGAGGCCACGGCGUCGGCUUUCCGCAGCGGGUGGUUCCUGACCGGCGACGUGGGCGUGGUGCACCCGGACGGGUACGUGGAGAUCAAGGACCGGUCCAAGGACGUGAUCAUAUCCGGCGGCGAGAACAUCAGCAGCGUGGAGGUUGAGGCGGCGCUGUACGGUCACCCGGCAGUGCUUGAGGCGGCGGUGGUCGCCAUGCCGCACCCGCACUGGGGCGAGACGCCGUGCGCGUUCGUCGCGCUGAAGAAACAGUCCGACUCCGGCGCUGCCGAGGUGAGCGAGGAGGAGCUUGUGUCCUUCUGCCGGAGCAAGAUGGCGCACUUCAUGGUGCCGAGGAAGGUGGUGUUCGUCGACGAUCUGCCCAAGAACGCCACGGGCAAGGUGCAGAAGCUCGCGCUACGCGAGAGAGCGCGCGGGCUCGAGCCCAGAGAUUCUGACAAGAAGAGGGCUGAGCCGGCCCAACCCGCCACAUCCAGGCUUUGA